GGUAUUCAUUCCUUAAAUGGGCCACGUUUAAUGGAUGAAGAGCAAAUUCUCCUUCCUAGUUGACAGCAGUAACAGACAUAGACCAGCUUCCCACAAAGCCAAGAUUUACUCUUGGAUGAAAUGGCUGGUAAGGGUGUAUCUCCCGAUGGUCGCACAUUAGCCUUGAUGAAUGACUUGCUCGCACUUAGAACUGGAGAUGAAGCAAUGCAGAAAGGUAAUCCAGAAAUUUGCAGACAAAUGAUGCCUUAAAGCUUGACGACACAUAUUGCACGGUCACGACAUUUAACAUGACGCGCUUCACGUAUUCCAUAAGCUUGUAAUUAACUUAAGAUAUUUACAUUUAAUCGAUGAAAAGAAGAAUUGCGAGUAGCAGCCCCACGCCAUCUACUCUUAUGGCGAUUCCGGCAAGAACGGCACCGGCGGAGACGGGUACUUAUUCUCCACGCCGUCGAUUUCACUCUCACCCUGAAAUUAUUCCUUCUGCAAAUCGAAAUCGCGUUCAUUCUGGACACGAUUUUAAUUCAGUUCGUGAUUUCGACCAUGCCCGGGAACUGUUCGAUCAAAUGCUUCGCGCGCAACCAUUGCCUUCUAUUCUUCAGUUCACCAAACUGCUUAGUAAAAUUGUGAAAAUGAAACAUUAUGGGGCUGCUGUUUGCUUGUUUAAAGAAAUGCGCAACCGUGGUAUCUCAGUGGAUUCGUAUGCGCUGACCAUUCUGACUGAUGCAUUAUGCCUGACAAAUCAAGCGGAUUGCGGGUUUUCUGUGCUUGGGUUGUUCUUCAAAUGUGGGAUUGAAGUCAGUGUGGUGACAUUCAACACACUGAUCAAAGGUCUAUGUCUGAAUGAUAGGAUUGUGGAGGCCAUAGAGCUAUUCAAGAAGUUGGUUAGGGAGGAAGUUUGCCAAGUUGAUAAUUUCACUUAUGCUAUUCUCAUGAAUGGGCUUUGCAAGAUGAUAGAAAGAGGGGUUUCCCCGGGCAUCUCUAUAUACAAUUCUUUGAUUCAAGGCCUUUGCAAUUUCUGCCGAUGGAAAGAGGCUACCAAGUUAAUUAAUGAGAUGGUGGGUCAUAAUGUAUAUCCAGAUGUCUUAACCUUCACUAUAUUGGUGGAUGCUUUUUGCAAGGAGGGGAGGUUGAAAGAUGCAGAAGCUAUUAUUCAAAUCAUGAUUCAAAGAAACACUUAUCCUGAUGUGAUCACAUACAACACAUUGAUUGAGGGGUAUUGUUUGCUAGGGCAGAUGGAUGACGCUCAGAGAACUCUUGGUCAGAUGGUAGAGAACGGCGUUCGACCUAAUGUUAUGAACUAUAACACACUAAUUAAUGGAUAUUGCAAAAGAAAAGUAAUGGAUAAGGCCAUGCAUCUUUUUAAUGAAAUGCCUCAGAAAGGGCUUUAUCCCAAUACGGUUACUUACACCACAGUGUUGCAAGGGCUGUUUCUUGUAGGUCGAUGUGAUGCUGCUUUAAAUCUUUUUCAGGAUAUGCAACUGUCUGGGCAUGCACCUAAGUUUCACACUUAUUGUGUCUUACUUACCGGUUUGUGUGAUAAUGGACAUAUUGAGGAGGCAAUGUCAGUUUAUAGUAUGUUACGUAGCAACGGGAACGGUUCUCAUGUUUUUGGUAGCAUCAUGAUAGAUGGGUUAUGCAAGAUGGGGCUACUCAGUAUUGCACGUGGUGUGUUGAGUAAUCUCAUCUUUAAAGAUCAAUACCUAAAUGUGCGUGCAUACACUGCAAUGAUAAAUGGGCUAUGUCGAGAGGGAUUAGUACAUGAAGCCUUAGACCUUCUUAGGAGAAUGGGCGAAACUGAUUGCUUACCGGAUUCAUUCACUUAUAAUGUUAUUUUGAAAGAAUUUGUUAGAAUGAGAAAAAUUCACGAGGCAAAUAUGUUGUUAGAUGAAAUGUCCAGCAAGUGCAUUUCUCCCGACAAUCACACAUUGACCUUGAUGAAUGAGUUGCUUGCAUUUGGAACAGGAAAUGAACCAGUGCCGAAGGUGAUCCGAAAAUUUGCAGCAAAUGUUUUAAUCUGACUGUGUGUGGAGAUUUUUGACCUUGUUCUUCUGCUUAAUUUAAAUUUAUACUUCUGGUGGAUUGCUUAACAAUCCGCUCUUGAGUUACAACCGAAGAAGCGACGAAUGUGUGAACGAAUUCAAUAUUGGAGUGAUUGGGGGAAGGGUUUGGGAGGUAAUUUUUUGUAACGAAGCACGAGGUAUGGACUUGGUAUUCCUAUACCGUGUCGGG